AUGGCUGGUCCGUGGCGACAUGUCGGUAGCGUGUUAGAUGCCAACAGCGUUAUUCCAAAGGGUGACCGGGCCGUCCCAUGGGCUCCGACUGUCGUGGCCGUUGACGGUACUUACUACUGCUACUACAGCGUGAGCAAGGCAGGCUGUCGGGACAGUGCUGUGGGUGUGGCUACCUCCCAAUCACCCGGACCGGGCAAUUGGUAUGACCAUGGCGUGGUUGUCCAAACAGGAACGAGCAAUGGAUCUGAUGUGUCACCAUAUACCAUUUCAAACGCCAUUGACCCGGCUACACUAGUCCUACCCGAUGGAUCAGCCUACUUGACUUUCGGAAGCUACUGGACUGGGAUCUAUCAAGUUCCCCUCGGCAAAGACCUCAUUUCCCCGGUCAGCACAACACAACCAGAUGCGCGACACCUCGCCUACGAACCCCAUGCCAUCAGUGCACCAAACCAAAAUGCGAACUCGCUCUGCGGUGAUCCAACCGGACCGCAUGCUAUCGAAGGCGCCUUUACUUCCCACCACGGCGGAUAUUACUAUCUAUGGUUCAGCCGCGGCCGAUGCUGCGAUCUCGACAGAGGCACCUUACCCGCCGCAGGCUCAGAAUACAGUAUUCGCGUGGGACGAUCCAGAGAUCCCCGCGGUCCAUACAUAGACCAGUCCGGGAAGAACCUGGUCGAUGGUGGUGGAACUGUUAUCUACGGAUCCAAUGCUGAAACCUACGCCCCUGGCGGGCAAGGCGUGAUCCGAGUCGGUGAUACCGAUAUGCUAUACUACCACUAUCGUGAGUCUACACCAACCGACUGUAUCAUCAUCAUCAUCAUCAUCAUCAUCACCAUUCACCAUGAAAACAAAUAUUAA